AUGCUUGCCCCUUGUCACUGCGAGCAUGAAAAGGACGAGCACCACACAGGCCUUCUGUCAGAGGAGCAGAACAAUUUCGUAGCAUUCUACAGGAAUUCUAUGGGACAGAUACUUGAGUGUGACGACUUGAAGAUCAAUUACGAUGAAUAUGGAAGACCCGAUUUCCGCGAAUGCUUUCAACUUGACGAGAUCCUCAAGUGCAAACGUAAGACCUCUGUUGCCGCUGUUAUUAUCGCUAAGACAUCAUCCUGA